AUGCCCCCAAAAGACAAAUAUACAGACCCCAAGCUGCGGGACAAAGUCAAGACAGAAAUCCACAACAGCGACAAGGGCGGAGCACCAGGACAAUGGUCUGCACGAAAGGUAGUCCUCUCCCUCUUCUCUCCCAUCACCGACGUUCAAUCCAAUGCUAAUCUGGUACAGGCCCAAAUGAUGGCCUCAGAAUACAAAAAGCGCGGCGGAGGCUACAACACUAGCAAAGAAGACGGCAAAGAUGAAUCACAGAAACAUCUGGACAAAUGGACCAAAGAGGAAUGGCAGACGAAAGAGGGUUCUGGGAUUGCGCGGCAAGAGGAUGAUUCGCGGAAGAGAUAUUUGCCUAAGAAGGCUUGGGAGGAGAUGAAUGAGGAUGAGAAGGAGGAGACGGAGGAUAAGAAGGUUGAGGAGUCCAAGGGGGGAAAGCAAUUUGUUGGGAAUACUGAAAUUGCGAAGGAGGCAAGGAGGAGGGUCAGUUUUGAUAUUAAUGGGGAGGGCAAGGAAGGGAAGGAUGAGAAUGGAAAAAAGGAAACCAAUGGUAAGGGUGAAGCAAAUGGCCAGACUGAAGAGGAUGGCAAGUCGAACAAUACCAAGUCAGACAAAUCCCAGGGAAAGGAUACUGGGAGGAAAGCUGGCGCUAAGCGCAAGGCAAAGUCACAGCCAGCUGAAAAUGAAAAAGACAAUGACAGGAUUAAAAGUCUGAGGAAGCGAAAGUAA